UAAAUAUUUUAUGUCUAAUUCGGCGUCAAAAUGGCGGAUUAAGUUGGCAACGAAAACAUACCAAUAAAAUCAUGAUAAUGUAGACAACAUAAAAAAAUAUCAAACGAUGGCAGCAGAUACCCAUUCAAAUUAUGCUUUCGACGCAUUUCAAACGCAGUUAAAGACUCUUUGUUUGAACGAAUUUCCAUGUGGUCCUGGACAAUGGAGAGAAACUGUGCCAUCAACAGCCCCCAAGAAUGUAAAAAGCAACAGUAAAGUAGAAAGUCAAUUUUCUAUCACACUUAAAGAUUUUGGAGCCAAUCAUGAAAAAACAGAAACGCUCCAAGAGUAUGUUGGGUCUGCCAAAUCACCGUGGAGUCUGGACUAUAGCUGGUCACAAGAAGCAAAACCUCUGAGGGAACUGGCUGUAAAAUCACCCUGGCUCAUUGACGACAACUUUGUCUUGAGCUAUUUUAAAACACUCAGAAUAGUUAACAAAAAUGUGACUGAGAUUGACGAGAAUUUGAUGCGUUUCAAAAACCUUGAAGAGCUAACAUUGAGUUGUAACCUGAUUUCUCGCAUCAACAGCAACAACUUGCCAGAUAAUUUGAAGGUUCUGGAGGUGUGUGCCAAUCAGGUAAGUGACCUAUCUGCACUCUGUGAGAAACCACCUCGACUGAUACACCUUGGUCUGGGCUACAACAAACUCAACGUGCUUGGAGAUUACCUGACUGCUCAAUAUUGGCCCCAACUGUUGUCGCUGGACUUGAGCAACAACAAUCUCAGUGACAUCCUGGAUGUCGUGCAGAAACUCAGCACAUUGCCAAAAAUGCGCAACCUGGUUUUGCAGGGAAACCCGCUGUCACUGAUACCUGGUUACCGUGGUUACACAGUGGACUGUCUUAGGAAGCUGAGUGUCCUUGAUGACAUCAUGAUCUCUGCAGAUGAGCGCCACUAUUUUAAGGGCCUCGCCAGAAGGCGAGAGCACAUCCUGGACGAGGCUAAGGUGAAGCUGACUGUGACCUAUAUCAAGGGACUACCCAUGCCAGAGGAGCUCAAGAACCCUGAGGAACAGCCAGAGUUUCCAGUAAUAGAGAGGAAGUACUUUGUUCAGUUCAUGUUCCUGGAAGACUCAACACUACGAACAUUCGCGGACCACGUCGGACAUGAUGACUCACAGGAGAUGGCUGAACUCUCAGGGCUGAAGUCAGAGAGGACAGAACAUUCUGACAUAGGAGACACGGAGUUGAGUGGAGUUGAGCAGGUUGAGAAGAGUGUGGUCUUCACAGAGGCUCCUGAUAUCCUGCACACCAUUGACCACAGGGCACAAGUUGCGCCAUCUGUCCUGUCAGACAUUGAGGAAAAGAAGAAGGAAGAAGAAGAGGACAAAGCAGGGGAACCCAAGAAAAUCAAGGUGUCCCCUGUGGAUUCUGCAAAGCUCAGCUGGGCAGAGGAGCUGGAGUGCAACUGGACGAAGGCAGUGGUGAGAGAUGACCUUCUUGCACUCAGGGACUUCUUCAAACAGGGCAUGCAGAUAGCUGUCAUGGAGGAAGUGACAUUAAGCUAUCCCAUAAUUCAAGAGGAGACAGAAGAUGGUUCGGUCCCGAACACUAAGGAAGAAAGAUUACAGGUGGAAGGAUACCCAUUUGAUGCUUCUACACCGGUACAGGGUGUGGCAAAGGGUACAAAGAAAGAUAAAAAGGAGAAAAAAGACGAAAAAAGAAAAAGCAGUGGUAAAGAGAAGGGAGAUGACAAGAAAAAGAAAAAGGAACCACAGCAGGAAAUGAAGCGUAACCCGCCGACCUAUACUACUCUAGCCACAUGGCAUGUCCCACUGGCUGAAUUCCUCGAGGGUGAAUACUCAUACCAGGGGGUAUUUUCAAAGGGGAAUAUUGAAAUUGCCUCCACUGUAAAGACCAUGGACAUUGACCAGGGAAGAAAGGUCCUCAAAUCUCGAGGGUCAGGGAGAGGUUCCAGUCGCAAUUCUAAGAAGGAUCCAUCAGCGAUGGGUGAAAUGAAAAAUAGAACUAAAUCUGCUAAACAGGAGCCAAAAAAUAGCGCAACAAAUAAGACAAAGGCACUGGAUGCCAAAAAGGGAGAUGCCAAGGACAAGAACAAGAAACCAACUUCAGCAGGAAAGAAAAAAGAAGAUCCAAAAGACAAGAGUAAAGAGCGCAAAGGGAGUGCUGCCAAGGGAGGCAAGGCAGAUGCAAAGGGUGACAAGAGUGGAAAGGGGGCCAAGGGAGGAGUUGCAGCCCCUGAUGAUGAGGAAGACCCAGGGCCUCCUCCACCAUUGGAAAUCCACAUCCAAGUUGACCUCCACCACUGGAAGACAGCCAUGGAUCUUCUGAAGGAUGAGGAAGAGAGAAAUAAACCUCCAACUGAAGAGCAAAAGGAAAUGUGAUGCGUGAUGGGAAAUCAGAACUUAUUUUAAACUUUUAUGGAGAAAAUAUAUUGCAACAUACAUGAAAAAUAUGAGUAACAAAGAUAUAAAUGUGUUUAAUGAGAAUAUUUUGUUUUUUAGUUUGUGUUUAUUUUAUCUUCCUCAGGUGUAUUAUGCUUUAAAUGUUGAACAAUCAAUAUGACUCAUGUGAAAUGGAGUUACUUUGCAUUUACAUUCAAGUUUUAUAUAACUUAGAAAAUUAUUAAAGUAACAUGUUCUAUACCUUUCUUUUUCAAUGCAAGGCCAUACUAUGUGUGUUAUUAUUAUCUGGUAAAGUACAUGUAAUUAAAAUCGCUUUUGCUGUUGGAAUUUUGUUGAUGUAAUAUUACAGAAAAUCAUUUUAAAAUAGUGCACCAUAAAGAAGACAAACAACCCACUUUUUCAAUGAUUUGACAAGUAUUUUUGGUUGUAUUUUUUAACCCAUUGUAUACCUGUCAUAAUGUGUAUUUUAAUCUACAUGGACUUUUGUUUGAAUUUGUUGUGAUAACUUUUUGUGUCCACUUUGUGUUGUCUACUUAUUGCCAACUGUGAUAUCUGUAAGGUCUGAUAUGACAAUUGUUUUUUACCCCCUGCCAAAAUAAUGGCCCAAUGGAAUUGUGUCCUAUUGACAUUUAUAAGAAAAAUAAGCUAAACAAUUUUGGAACUAUGAAAACUUUUUUUAACAUGCAUGUUUGUGUUUAUCGUUUUGAUUGUACAUUGUAAUAAACAUUUAUUUGUA